CCCGGAGUAGGAUUACGGCAUCAUUUUACUGUUCCUCAGUGCAGGACCAUGCGGUUGCUCUUGUGUUUCCUCUUAGCACGGCUCGUCAGCUUGGCGGCCGGCUUCGGCCUCAGACCUGGCAUGGGGAGCGGGCGAAGCAUCACGGCUGGAAAUCGACACACGCGACAUUUCUCUUGUUGCGACGGGAAACAUGUACUGACCACACGCAUGAGCUCGGUGGGCACGCCUGCUGAUGUCGACGAGAUUACUCUCAUCAAGAAUUCUCUGCUCCAGGUGGCGGCGAUGACCGAGCGAGGGCAGCUGGCGACGGAGGCCCAGCAGAACGACAUGGACCUCUUGCUGGAGCGCCUAGAAGAGCUGAAGGCGGAGGAGCUGCUCGAGCCGUACAAGGAUGAGAACAUGGUGGGGACCUGGACGCUCGUCUACUCGUCCUCGCAGGCGUUCCGCUCCAGCCCGUUCUUCGCAACGUUCCAAGCGCUGAUCGGCAAGGACGGCGUCGCCGAGAGGAUCUUUUCCUUCACCGACGCGUUCCCCAACGCCAAGAUUGGUCAGGCGAGGCAGAUCGUGAACGAGGACUGCACCGAGCUCCUGUCGCGGGUGGAGAUGUCGGUUUGGCCUCACAGAUGGAUAUCGGGCGUAGUGGAGACGCGGUCCAAGAUCGUGAACGACGACAUCGGCGACCAAUUGGAGGUUAUCGUCGACGACACCAGGGUUAGCGAUUCCAUUCUGGGCAAGAUCAGCCCUCGUCUCGAGGAGGUGCGAGUGCCGGUCGACCAGCUCUCGGAGAGACUAUUCGACCGCAUUCCGCGCAUCACGCUGGACACGGUUUUCCUUGAUCAAGAUCUACGCGUGUCUCGCCUCCCGGAUAGAAAUUUCUUGGUAUACGUCAAGGACUACUGA